AUGACUGCAGAGCGUGUUUCCCGAGAAGCCAACCCACUCUUCAAAGUAUCGAAUGAUCUGAGAGCGGUCUCGUAUGAUGAGGUCACCCACAACAAGUGGCUCAAUCGAGAUGUUACACUCCACGAUAUGAUAGUCACGACCGCGGCACGGCCAACAAGCCCACCGCUAGUCGCUGGCACCAUCCGCCCGCGACCCAACGACUCAAGCAGCGGCAGCUCAGACUCUGAGGAGCCACUUGCGACGACCCGCUCACCCCACACACGACGCGUUGUCAAGCGGGGGAAGACUGAUGCCCAACCAGCGGACAUUGGACCUCCCCAACCAGACAACAGCCACCAUGACCACCUCACAGAAGCACUCCCCACAGCACUUGCUGCUGGGACAGCUGCAGCAAUGGAGGGCUUGGCAGCCGUUUGGCCACCAGAGCACCUGCCGUUGCUCAGCGCCUUGGAGGCUCUGCUCAGGCGAGCGAUUGCCACCACAGGCGCACUCCAGCUGGAGGGUGAAACAACCCCGGAUUACCCUCCCACGACAUUAGCCCUCAUCCAAGCCUUGGUAGCGCGGGUGAGCCGCCCGACACCUACUCUGGCCCCAACCUACGCGAGCGUGACAUCAAUCUCGCUGACGCAGCACGCCCCGGCCACCUUGCCCGCAGUUCCCACGCCAUCGGGGAACCGCCCCGAAACUAUGUCUUCGCAAAAUAACCUGCCAGCAGCAACAACAGACACACCAACCACCCCAGCACCAGCAAAGGCGACGCAGAAAGACAAGCAAUCGAAAAAGAAGAAGAAGAAGGGACAUCGGUCUCCACAGCGACUGAUAAUCCGCUGGAUUGGCUACACCCCCCUGCCAGAGGAGCGACCUACUGAGACCCAGCUGGUUGCAGCCCUGGAGGGGGCUACAGGCCCUGGGAAUCAUGAGAGCUCACGGAUACAGGGGGUUGCGUGGACACCAGCGGGGAACCUGGCAGUCUAUACGCGGGCACCGUAUACGGCUGCACAGCUUGUCCAGCAGAGUCGUGUGAGCAGAAAUGUGGAGUAUGCGAUUCGCACGGCAUUCAACGAUUGGUCGCUGGACAUGAUCCUGGACGCUGAUGCUCCAUGGACAUGGAUGGUGCUACAUGGUGUACCAGCCGCAGCAUUUUGGGACGAUCUGGAUGCUGGUGGUUCAAAGUUGACCGCACAGCUGGUUUCCCAAGGUUAUAGUGAUGGUGAGGUGCUGACCCAUCUGCCAAUGGUCCGGGCAGACAUAGAACGGGAGGCUGUCCCAUAUGUCUCGAUCAAGCUGGCAUGUGCAGAUCAAGAGAUAGCCUCUCGACUGGCCUCGAAGGGGGGCCUGUUUCUAUUUGAUGCAUUUUGCAGGGCGGCAAAAUACCGGUCAUAA